CUCCUCUCUUCUCUGCAUGUUUUGAAAGAGAAUGGAUUCCUUUUCAUCACCAACUGGAUCCUCUUCUAAGUUCUCAACCGAUGAGUUCAUGGACAAUUUAAAGACUCAGCUUGCUCAGGCUUACGCCCAACAGUUCGUUGAGACUCUAACAGGCAAGUGCUUUGAGAAGUGCAUCACUAAACCAGGAUCAAGCAUGAGUGGUAGCGACAGUAGUUGCGUUUCUAGGUGUGUGGAUCGCUACAUUGAGGCUACAGGUAUCAUUAGCAGAGCUUUGUUUAAUGCACCACGCUAACAUUUUUUGUUUACAAUAUUUUCUUGAAAAAUAUUGGAGAAAUUGCGAAUUAGAGAGUAGAAUUUUUAUGUGUUUUUACAAUCCCAUUCAGAAUGGGGACUGGUAUUUUCUUCUAAUUCAGUCUUUGUUAUGUAUUUCA